UAUAGCGUUUGGUUGUUUCCUCUCUGCGAAAAACGGCUCCAUUUUUUUUUCUGUUCUUCGUCUGCUCGAGUUCCGAUAUUUUCUCACAUUCUCUCUCCUAGGGUUUUUUGUUUCGUGGAGUCGGUUGCGGGAUUCGGAUCUUGCGUACUGAAUUUCGCUUUGGUUUUGUUGAAACUUUUCUGGGUCGGUGUGAUUUUUUCUCCUCCGAUUGCCCCCUGCAUUGUCAUUUUUUUUUUGUUGACUGACACGCUCCGACAAAAGUAUUCCAAUCUGGCGUUUAUUUUAUAAUUUUUUCCCCCUAAUGUUCACAUUCGGAAUAGUUUUACGGACCCUCAAAUCUUUUGGUUUCGUUUUCGAUUUUCUCCUGUCGGAUCUUCGAAUCGGUUGUAAGCGCGUAUAAUUUCCGGGGGUUUCCCUCUGUUUCUCGGCAAAGUGUUCAUCUUGAUCAGUUCGUUUUUCUUUCGUUUUCGUCUCUGGAAAAUUUUCAGGCGCAAAGCUAAAUUAGGGCGUGUCUGAUCAUCGGGCAUUGGUGAUUGUUCCGGCGAGUUGAAGUGACUCGCAAUGUUGAAUUUUGUUAGAUCAAGAAACCAAGGGAGGCACAACAGAUCUAUGUCCCUUGGAGGUUUGGAUUAUGCAGAUCCAAAGAGGAAAAACAAUUACUUGGGGAAGUUUCUUUUGGCCGCUUCCCUUACAUCCCUUUGCAUUUUCAUGCUCAAGCAAUCUCCCACGUUCAAUACCCCGAGUGUGUUCUCAAGGCAUGAACCAGGGGUUACUCAUGUUCUAGUCACUGGUGGUGCUGGAUAUAUCGGGUCACAUGCAGCUUUACGUCUUCUGAAGGAUUCUUAUCGUGUGACCAUUGUGGACAAUCUUUCGCGUGGAAAUAUUGGUGCAAUCAAGGUUUUGCAAGAAUUGUUUCCUGAACCUGGAAGGCUUCAAUUUAUUUAUGCCGAUCUUGGAGAUUCAAGGGCUGUGAACAAAAUGUUUUCGGAAAAUGCAUUUGAUGCUGUGAUGCACUUUGCUGCUGUUGCUUAUGUCGGGGAAAGCACACAAGAUCCUCUCAAGUAUUAUCACAAUAUUACAUCAAAUACAUUGGUGGUAUUAGAGUCGAUGGCUGCUCAUGGUGUGAAGACUUUGAUAUAUUCUAGCACAUGUGCAACAUAUGGGGAGCCUGAAAAGAUGCCAAUUACAGAAGAUACUCUUCAGGUACCGAUCAAUCCGUAUGGAAAGGCGAAAAAGAUGGCAGAAGAUAUCAUAUUGGAUUUCUCUAAGAAUUCAGACAUGGCUGUUAUGAUCCUAAGAUAUUUUAACGUUAUCGGGUCUGACCCAGAGGGCAGACUGGGUGAAGCCCCGAGGCCUGAGCUGCGAGAGCAUGGACGGAUAUCUGGUGCUUGCUUUGAUGCUGCACGAGGCAUCAUCCCGGGCUUGCAGAUCAAAGGAACAGACUACAAGACCGGUGAUGGGACAUGCAUCCGGGAUUACAUAGAUGUAACUGACCUGGUGGAUGCCCAUGUUAAGGCUCUCGAAAAGGCAAAACCCCGUAAAGUCGGAAUCUACAACGUUGGCACGGGACAAGGUAAAUCAGUUAAGGAGUUUGUGGAGGCGUGUAAGAAGGCGACGGGGGUCGAUAUAAAGGUGGAAUACUUCCCAAGACGGCCAGGGGACUAUGCGGAAGUGUACAGUGACCCGAGCAAGAUCAGGCAGGAGCUUAACUGGACAGCCCGGUUCACUGAUCUUCAACAGAGCCUUGGGAUUGCUUGGAGAUGGCAGAAGUUAUACCGCCAUGGCUAUGGAACUUCAUCGUCAUCCUCUUCAUCAUACUGACCUCAUCAUGCGUUGGUUUGAUAGUGAUGAUGGAGGUGACUCGUUUUUACCGGUAGAUGAUCAGAUUUUUUUUUUAGGAGAUGACGGGUUACUGCGACACACCACACAUAUAUAUGCAUAUAUAUUAGCAUAUGGGAGUUUUGAUUGAUUACUGUCGUUGAUAUUCAUUUGUAAUGGCUUUUAUAGGUUCUUUUAGGAAGCAGCCAUUUCAAUAUAUAUAUACAUACAUAUUUAUA